AUGCAGCGCAUGGAUAUUAUCUCCAGCAUGCUACUUCGGAAGUAGGUCACCGUUUUACCAUGUCUCUGUUGGGCGCUCGUUUUUUCUCUCAAUUAAACGUCGACUCUGGUCAUAAUUUAUAAAAGGUGUAAUCUGAAUUAAGAGUGGACUCAAAUCGACCUUCCAUCGGGACCGAAGGUAAGAUUGUAUAGCACAUAUACGUCAUAUUUCAUAAAAAUCAUAUGUGAGUGAGAUUCGUUGUAAUAACAUGCUUAUAACCGCUUUAUUAAGCUUACAAUCGGUGACCAUGGUUAUUCCUCGCCUGCAUCCACCUGAACCGUUACUUCAGAUAUUAUACCAUAGCCUGUCAUCCUGUUAGAAUAGCCUAUGUCGAUGGCCGAACUCAAUAAUUUAGAACAGAUCUUGGCAGUGCAUUAUCAAUCUCAUAAUUUUGGUUUCUGGGCAGACCAUAAUGACUGCCUAUAAUAUGAAAUAUUCGAUUAGUAGUUGCUCAUCUAAAUACGGAACCCUAUGAGUCAUUAGUUAAUCAUAAUGUGUGUUGCCGAUCUAGUGGUCUGAUAGCCUCGUGCUCAUCAUGGCGGUAAAUUCAUCUGAUCAAACCGGACCAUGACGAUACGGACCGUGAUGAUAUGGAUUCUGUGAUAUAUAUAUAUAUAUAUAUAUACUCCCUAUGAGAACUGCACUGUAGCGCAAGGUCACUUCCCUCACCAUAUCCAUGGUCUUCCGCCUCUCUCACAGUAUUAUUUGAGUGUAGGUCAGGCUUUGCGGGUUGCACGAUGAUACCCUUUAGAUUAUUAGGCUAUUCCAUAUCCAGCAGGAGGCUAUUUGUCACCAUCCACUUGCAAUGUAUUGGUCACCAACACCAACUUUUGGUGUGAUUUGAAAGUAAAAAAAAAAAAAACGUGAAAUAUUAUUUAGACGCUAUAGGCCUUCUAUAGAAAUAUACAUGUUUUCUUUUUCCAAGUUAUUCAGAGCUUGACCCUCAAACAUUUCUGUAGAAAACAAUGUGCUUCAGUUAGCCUACUGUCGUAUCCCAACGAAGCAGCUUGAUUCGAUAUCCAUAGACAGAAACUCAAUGCGUGUCUCCUUCUGUUGUCUCGUUAUCUGUAAAUCGAAUUAGUCUUUCUCAUGUAUUGCAUUUCAUGGACCACCGGAAAUAAUGGCCCUCCAAGUUGUGGGAUGUUUGGAAAUGCAAGGCUAAAAAUGCUGUCCAGAAUCAAGUCGACUUACCAUUAUUGUGGUUGUCAUUUAAAACGGACGUCUGCUAUAGAAUAGGAAAAUGCUGAAGAAAUAACAACAUCUUGCCGAGAGUUGGCUUGUUUUUAGAAGGACAAUUAUGUUUUGAUUUGAUGAGUGCCCUAUGGGUUAUGCUCUUAAUACUUUUGGGGAUUAUUCUCUUGAUGCACAUCUUAGUAUUGAUUUUGUAAAUUAAAUCAUCAUAAACUUUGAAAACAAGAUUACCAAAACCACAGGCGUCUGUUUUGAAGUUAAUUUUUUUCCCUCUAGUCUUAUCUUAUUCUAAUAUUGACGCAGUAGUGGGUUGGCAAAUGUUGCUGUUUGGUUGUGAAAGAUUGGAGGAAACCAGUGCUAUGAUACCAUGACGAUAAAAAAUAACCAGACCUGGGUUCAAUUAGUAUUUGUUUUUCUUUCAAAUACUGCGCUUGAUUGAGCUUGCUUGGCACAAUGGACUCAAUGGAAUAGUCCCAAAAGUGCAAACCCCACCUAUCUGGCACUCCAGGCAGGCUCAAUACAAGGCUUGUAUUUGAGAGAAUUAGGGGGGGGGGGGGGGGGGAUCUCCUGCACUUCCGUUCUAACUCAUGUGUGAGGAGUUUGUGGGAAUAACAGAAAACGACAUCAAUAGAAUGGCAGGCUGUGUCCCCAUAAGGUGCCAUACUGUUGGUGUGUAUAGAGCCUACUGUUUACAAAGUGGUAUUUCAUACAAAGACCAGCAGCUGUAGGGAUGUUUAUGUUUUAGAUGUGUGACUAACACCUCCUCCAUUCAUGUCAUAAGAAUUUCCCGCUGCCUCAUGAAAUCAAACUAAUGAAUUGUGGGUGACGACAAGUUAGUUUAGAGUUAUGGGUGUUUUCCUACAUUGAUUUCAGGAAAGUGUUUGCUUAGUAGUCACACCAACAUUUUAAUGGUUGCAGAUUGAUCGUAGGCCCAUUUGAUGAUAUGUUCAUAGUAUGAUAGAAUAUGAAGUGCCAUAAGAGAAAGCAAGUCAUCCUAAGCCAAGCUUCAGAAGGUUUGUCCCUAAGGACGAUUUUUCAAGAAGACUAUGGAUCAUUUCAGGUUUUAGGUUUCAUUUCAGUGCAGCCAGUAUUGGAAAAACUACUUCAAUCUGGAUUGUAUGGCAAUGAUCAUCACUUCAGGGAGUCUUAGAUAUCAAUGGCUACUGUGGAAAGUGGCAAUUCUCCGAUUUGUGAAUGAAAAUCCACCCUUAGACAUUAUGACUAGAGUCUGAUUGUAUUUCCAGAGAGCUAAACGUUUGACUUAUUCCCGUUUAUUCUAGUGUUCUGUGAGGAUGUAGAUGAUAAAGUAGUUGUCUGAAGCUUGAUUGAUAAAUCACUUAAGCAUGAUUGGACCUGCACAAUAGGAUAGGGCAAGAUUUUGCUUUCCUGGAAAUAUGACUGUCUGUCUGUGUCUGUCUGUGUCCACCUGAUGGGAAAUUCCUCAAUCGAGAUGUUCCUAUGUAAGUUAGCAGCGGUAUCCUUCUGACCUUGUGGCUUUAUUGAAACCCAUAUCCCCUCUGUGUUAACCGUUUCUACUACAGGCUUAAUCUUUAAGCCAAUUACCAGUUGCAAAAUAUGUGGUCAACCACAUCAAUGUUUCAGCAGAUUUAAAUGUAGCUGUUUUAUGGCCGUAAUAUAAUAAAAAAAAGUAUUUUAAUGGGCAUUCAUCCACUGUCAUGUCGGCUAAGUUUAUGCAAAAAAAACUCUCCCCAUUUAUUGAUUUCUCGGUCUCCUCCCCCAGGGUCUGUAUGAAGGGAUGUGAUGACCCAAGCACAUACCGCCCCAGUGACUCCUGGGAGCAGGUAGGUCUGCCACAUGCGGAGGCCAUGGUGGGGGGAGCCCGGCCAAAACUAAAAAGAGGGAGGCCCAAGGAGGUCACGAGAGGCAGCACGAAGGAGAGCAAUGAUCUGAGGGAAGAGGAGGAGGACAGGAAGUUGGAUCUAUGCGAGGGGGACAGCCUCGACUGUCGCGUCCUUCUCACUCGUCUGGAGGCAAGCGGUGAUGAAGACGAGGAGCGCUGCCUGAAAGCGCCAAUAGAGCGCAAAGAAGAAGGGAGCCAUAACCUGGUGCGUGGAAGGACCAAGCCCUGCAAGUUUAGACAAAAGACCUGCAAAGCCUAUCGGCUAGUGCCGGAACCAAGCAACCAAUCAAAAGUGUUAUGCACAUUACCUGUCGUGGAACCUCGCAAACGGAGGCUGGCCUCUCUCAAUGCGGAGGCUGUGAAUAGUCUGCUCUUGUACAGAGAAGAUCCGCAAGGGUCCAGACUCGCAAAGAAGCUACAGUCCAAUGGGGAUCUAGCAAAGGAUGCAAUCAUUUUGGGACACAACACCCCAAGUGGUCCUAAAGUGGCAAAAUCAGACAUUUUUGAAACUGGAAGUUCCAAAAAAUACCAAAAGGCUAUGAAGAUGGAGGACUUGGGUCUGCUGAGUCUGUACGGUCCCACCCCUCGGCGUCAGGCCAGCCUCAACGCCGCUGCUUUGCUCAAGAUCACCAGCACCUCCUUCAGAGCCAAACACCGGAGGGCCAAGACCAACUGCAACCAACUGAGUGGAGUAGUGAGGAUCAAGCUAAAGAAACAGCAGCAUCAUAAACUCCAUCACGGGCAAUCCCAGGCCCAGUCACAGCUGGUUCAGAGAUGCUGUACUCUCUGUAAAAGGGAGUACUUCCACCCGGAACCCCAGUGGGAGGGGACUACAGGGGGGAACGGCUCCAUCAGAUCGGACUUCCAGUGUGGAUCCUUGCUUGGCUACCCGAUGAAGUCUGUGAAGGAGCCGGUCGUGACCCAGGUGACUCCUUCUUUCUGCUCCCAGGAAAGGUCGGGGGAGUACUGCCACCGACUGGCCCUGUUCCUUGGCCAGAAGAGCUUUGGCGAUGAGGAACUUGAGGCGCAUUCGCUCUCCAAGGGCUACCUCCCCUCUCCCCGUUCCCUGGCCCACCCACAUGCCCUAACCAUAAGCCCUCACCCUUACCCAUGUUUCUCCGGCUACUGUGUCCACUUUGCUCACCACGAGACCUCCUCUACCCUCAUGACCUCCAUGAGCUCCAGCCCGAUGCCCUACCCGCCCUCCCCUGUGGCCCCCAUCACGUUGUGCCCUGGUGGGGUCCAGAGUCCCAAGCUGCUGUCCCCGACCGGCUCACACCCCUCAGGAAUCGCCCACCUGGCCUACUGCUAUGGAGAGCCCUGCAGAAUCAGUCGCUACGCCUACAGAGCAGUACCAACCCUCGCCAGCAGAUGGUGCUGUUAUAACGCAGGCUGCACCAGCUGCAGCCAUAACAUCAAGAUGGGUAAGAGGAGGCAGAAAUGCUUAGAGAUAUGUAGUGAUAAUGAUGUGAACGGGUCAUGAUGAUUGCAGAGUGUUAACCGCAUAUUUGAGAUGGCUCAGUGACCUUUUAGUCAAUCAGUCAAAUCACCAACAGUCUACUGAGAGAAUGAUCAUGUUUGACCUUUUUAGAAUACAGAGAAUCAGAAAUGUCACAGGUCAGGCGAAUCUAAAGUCUUCAAGAAAGUUGUUCAGUGGUGUUCUAGGAUUAGGGUUAGGAUUAGGGUUAGGAUUAGGUGUUCUUGGGAUUCAUUCAUUGUGGUCUAAAAGCCUGGUAGGGUUUAAAUCCACAGUCCUUAGCUGAACUUUGUUUCUUUAUCCCUGCUCUCCACUCUACGUACAUAGUGAGUGGAGAGCCUUAACUCUCUAGCCACUAGCUACGUGAGUAGGUCCAAUGAGUAAUCACCACAGAUUGUGUAGAUAGAAUGUACUGUAUUUACUAUUGAAGCGGAGGAGUAUUCAUCUGGAGAUGCCAAGCUGUGCUCUCAACUGAACCCCAGUUACUGCCAGUGGUCCUAUAUAUAUAUAUAUAUAUAUAUAUAUAUAUAUAUAUAUAUAUAUAUAUAUAUAUACCAUGCUUCACAGUAGGUAUGGUAUAUAUACACACACACACACACACACAUACAUAUAUAUAUAUAUAUAUAUAUACAGUGGGGGAAAAAAGUAUUUAGUCAGCCACCAAUUGUGCAAGUUCUCCCACUUAAAAAGAUGAGAGAGGCCUGUAAUAUUCAUCAUAGGUACACGUCAACUAUGACAGACAAAAUUAGGAAAAAAAAUCCAGGAAAUCACAUUGUAGGAUUUUUAAUGAAUUUAUUUACAAAUUAUGGUGGAAAAUAAGUAUUUGGUCAAUAUUUAUUUUCCACCAUACUUAUUUUCCACCAUAAUUUGCAAAUAAAUUCAAUAAAAAUCCUACAAUGUGAUUUUCUGGAUUUUUUUCCCUCAAUUUGUCUGUCAUAGUUGACGUGUACCUAUGAUGAAAAUUACAGGCCUCUCUCAUCUUUUUAAGUGGGAGAACUUGCACAAUUGGUGGCUGACUAAAUCCUUUUUUCCCCACUGUGUGUGUAUAUAUAUAUGUGUACGUAUAUAUAUACUACCAUUCAAACGUUUGGGGUAACUUAAACAUUUCCUUGAUUUCCAUGAAAACAUACAUGAAAUGAGUUUGAAUAGGAAAUAUAGCAAAAUGAAUAGGAAAUGUAGUCAUUGACAAGGUUAGAAAUAAUGAUUUUUAAUUGAAAUAAUUAUAAUUGUGUCCUUCAAACUUUGCUUUCGUCAAAGAAUCCUCCAUUUGCAGCAAUUACAGCCUUGCAGACCUUUGGCAUUCUAGUUGUCAAUUUGUUGAGGUAAUCUGAAGAGAUUUCACACCAUGCUUCCUGAAGCACCUCCCACAAAUUGGAUUGGCUUGAUGGGCACUUCUUACGUACCAUACGGUCAAGCUGCUCCCACAACAGCUCAAUAGGGUUGAGAUCUGGUGACUGUGCUGGCCACUCCAUUAUAGACAGAAUACCAGCUGACUGAUUCUUGCCUAAAUAGUUAUUGCAUAGUUUGGAGCUGUGCUUUGGGUCAUUGUCCUGUUGUAGGAGGAAAUUGGCUCCAAUCAAGCGCCGUCCACAGGGUAUGGCAUGGCGUUGCAAAAUGGAGUGAUAGCCUUCCUUCUUCAAGAUCCCUUUUACCCUGUACAAAUCUCCCACUUUACCACCACCAAAGCACCCGCAGACCAUCACAUUGCCUCCACCAUGCUUGAAAGAUGACAUCAAGCACUCCUCCAGCAUCUUUUCAUUUGGUCUGCGGCUCACAAAUGUUCUUCUUUGUGAUCCAAACACCUCAAACUUCGAUUCGUCUGUCCCUAACACUUUUUUCCAAUCUUCCUCUGUCCAGUGUCUGUGUUCUUUUGCCCAUCUUAAUAUUUUAUUUUUAUUGGCCAGUCUGAGAUAUGGCUUAUUCUUUGCAACUCUGCCUAGAAGGUCAGCAUCCCGGAGUCGCCUCUUCACUGUUGAUGUUGAGACUGGUGUUUUGCGGGUACUAUUUAAUGAAGCUGCCAGUUGAGGACCUGUGAGGCGUCUGUUUCUCAAACUAGACACCAAUGUAUUUGUCCUCUUGCUCAGUUGUGCACCGGGGCCUCCCCACUCCUCUUUCUAUUCUGGUUAGAGCCAGUUUGCGCUGUUCUGUGAAGGGAGUAGCACACUGCGUUGUACGUGAUCUUCAGUUUCUUGGCAAUUUCUCGCAUGGAAUAGCCUUCAUUUCUCAGAACAAGAAUAGACUGACGCGUUUCAGAAGAAAGUUAUUUGUUUCUGGACAUUUUGAGGCUGUAAUCGAACCCACAAUUGCUGAUGCUCCAGAUACUCAACUAGUCUCAAGAAGGCCAGUUGUAUUGCUUCUUUAAUCAGCACAUCAGUUUUCAGCUGUGCUAACAUAAUUGCAAAAGGGUUUUCUAAUGAUCAAUUAGCCUUUUAAAAUGAUAAACUUGGAUUAGCAAACACAACGUGCCAUUGGAACACAGGACUCAUGGUUGCUGAUAAUGGGCCUCUGUACGCCUAUGUAGAUAUUCCAUUAAAAAUCUGCCGUUUCCAGCUACAAUAGCCAUUAACAAUGUCUACACUGUAUUUCUGAUCAAUUAUAUGUUAUUUUAAUGGACAAAAAAAUUGCUUUUCUUUCGAAAACAAGGACAUUUCUAAGUGACCCCAAACGUGUGUGUGUAUAUGUACAGUGGGGAAAAAAGUAUUUAAGUCAGCCACCAAUUGUGCAAGUUCUCCCACUUAAAAAGAUGAGAGAGGCCUGUAAUUUUGAUCAUAGGUACACGUCAACUAUGACAGACAAAAUGAGAAAAAAAUUCCAGAAAAUCACAUUGUAGGAUUUUUAAUGAAUUUAUUUGCAAAUUAUGGUGGAAAAUAAGUAUUUGGUCAAUAACAAAAGUUUCUCAAUACUUUGUUAUAUACCCUUUGUUGGCAAUGACACAGGUCAAACGUUUUCUGUAAGUCUUCACAAGGUUUUCACACACUGUUGCUGGUAUUUUGGCCCAUUCCUCCAUGAAGAUCUCCUCUAGAGCAGUGAUGUUUUGGGGCUGUCGCUGGGCAACACGGACUUUCAACUCCCUCCAAAGAUUUUCUAUGGGGUUGAGAUCUGGAGACUGGCUAGGCCACUCCAGGACCUUGAAAUGUUCUUACGAAGCCACUCCUUCGUUGCCUGGGCGGUGUGUUUGGGAUCAUUGUCAUGCUGAAAGACCCAGCCACGUUUCAUCUUCAAUGCCCUUGCUGAUGGAAGGAGGUUUUCACUCAAAAUCUCACGAUACAUGGCCCCAUUCAUUCUUUCCUUUACACGGAUCAGUCGUCCUGCUCCCUUUGCAGAAAAACAGCCCCAAAGCAUGAUGUUUCCACCCCCAUGCUUCACAGUAGGUAUGGUGUUCUUUGGAUGCAACUCAGCAUUCUUUGUCCUCCAAACACGACGAGUUGAGUUUUGACCAAAAAGUUAUAUUUUGGUUUCAUCUGAUCAUAUGACAUUCUCCCAAUCCUCUUCUGGAUCAUCCAAAUGCACUCUAGCAAACUUCAGACGGGCCUGGACAUGUACUGGCUUAAGCAGGGGGACACUGCAGGAUUUGAGUCCCUGGCGGCGUAGUGUGUUACUGAUGGUAGGCUUUGUUACUUUGGUCCCAGCUCUCUGCAGGUCAUUCACUAGGUCCCCCCGUGUGGUUCUGGGAUUUUUGCCCACCGUUCUUGUGAUCAUUUUGACCCCACGGGGUGAGAUCUUGCGUGGAGUCCCAGAUCGAGGGAGAUUAUCAGUGGUCUUGUAUGUCUUCCAUUUCCUAAUAAUUUCUCCCACAGUUGAUUUCUUCAAACCAAGCUGCUUACCUAUUACAGAUUCAGUCUUCCCAGCCUGGUGCAGGUCUACAAUUUUGUUUCUGGUGUCCUUUGACAGCUCUUUGGUCUUGGCCAUAGUGGAGUUUGGAGUGUGACUGUUUGAGGUUGUGGACAGGUGUCUUUUAUACUGAUAACAAGUUCAAACAGGUGCCAUUAAUACAGGUAACGAGUGGAGGACAGAGGAGCCUCUUAAAGAAGAAGUUACAGGUCUGUGAGAGCCAGAAAUCUUGCUUGUUUGUAGGUGACCAAAUACUUAUUUUCCACCAUAAUUUGCAAAUAAAUUUAUUAAAAAUCCUACAAUGUGAUUUUCUGGAUUUUUUUUCUCAAUUUGUCUGUCAUAGUUGACGUGUACCUAUGAUGAAAAUUACGGGCCUCUCUCAUCUUUUUAAGUGGGAGAACUUGCACAAUUGGUGGCUGACUAAAUACUUGUUUUCCCCCACUGUAUGUGUGUGUAUAUAGAUAUAUAUGUAUGUAUAUAGGGUUUGUUAAUCUUUGUAGCAGAGCUCCAUACUGUACACACAAGACAGGCUAAAAUGAUUCCACAUGUUAUAUCAGCCAGGAGUCCCACAGUCCCAAAGCCCCUUUACGGUACUGCCUCCGGAGCAGUGGAUGACGACAGAACAGGGCCAUUCUUACUGAGGGAAUUUAUUCUCAGCUGGUCUGUGGUCAGAUCGUAACACUGCUCAAAAAAAUAAAGGGAACACUUAAACAACACAUCCUAGAUCUGAAUGAAUGAAAUAAUCUUAUUAAAUACUUUUUUCUUUACAUAGUUGAAUGUGCUGACAACAAAAUCACACAAAAAAAUAUCAAUGGAAAUCAAAUUUAUCAACCCAUGGAGGUCUGGAUUUGGAGUCACCCUCAAAAUUAAAGUGGAAAACCACACUACAGGCUGAUCCAACUUUGAUGUAAUGUCCUUAAAACAAGUCACAAUGAGGCUCAGUAGUGUGUGUGGCCUCCACGUGCCUGUAUGACCUCCCUACAAUGCCUGGGCAUGCUCCUGAUGAGGUGGCGGAUGGUCUCCUGAGGGAUCUCCUCCCAGACCUGGACUAAAGCAUCCGCCAACUCCUGGACAGUCUGUGGUGCAACGUGGCGUUGGUGGAUGGAGCGAGACAUGAUGUGCUCAAUUGGAUUCAGGUCUGGGGAACGGGCGGGCCAGUCCAUAGCAUCAAUACCUUCCUCUUGCAGGAACUGCUGACACACUCCAGCCACAUGAGGUCUAGCAUUGUCUUGCAUUAGGAGGAACCCAGGGCCAACCGCACCAGCAUAUGGUCUCACAAGGGGUCUGAGGAUCUCAUCUCGGUACCUAAUGGCAGUCAGGCUACCUCUGGCGAGCACAUGGAGGGCUGUGCGGCCCCCCAAAGAAAUGCCACCCCACACCAUGACUGACCCACCGCCAAACCGGUCAUGCUGGAGGAUGUUGCAGCCAGCAGAACGUUCUCCACGGCGUCUCCAGACUCUGUCACGUCUGUCACAUGUGCUCAGUGUGAACCUGCUUUCAUCUGUGAAGAGCACAGGGCGCCAGUGGCGAAUUUGCCAAUCUUGGUGUUCUCUGGCAAAUGCCAAACGUCCUGCACGGUGUUGGGCUGUAAGCACAACCCCCACCUGUGGACGUCGGGCCCUUAUACCACCCUCAUGGAGUCUGUUUCUGACCGUUUGAGCAGACACAUGCACAUUUGUGGCCUGCUGGAGGUCAUUUUGCAGGGCUCUGGCAGUGCUCCUCCUGCUCCUCCUUGCACAAAGGCGGAGGUAGCGGUCCUGCUGCUGGGUUGUUGCCCUCCUACGGCCUCCUCCACGUCUCCUGAUGUACUGGCCUGUCUCCUGGUAGCGCCUCCAUGCUCUGGACACUACGCUGACAGACACAGCAAACCUUCUUGCCACAGCUCGCAUUGAUGUGCCAUCCUGGAUGAGCUGCACUACCUGAGCCACUUGUGUGGGUUGUAGACUCCGUCUCAUGCUACCACUAGAGUGAAAGCACCGCCAGCAUUCAAAAGUGACCAAAACAUCAGCCAGGAAGCAUAGGAACUGAGACGUGGUCUGUGGUCACCACCUGCAGAACCACUUCUUUAUUGGGGGUGUCUUGCUAAUUGCCUAUCAUUUCCACCUGUUGUCUAUUCCAUUUGAACAACAGCAUGUGACAUGUAUUGUCAAUCAGUGUUGCUUCCUAAGUGGACAGUUUGAUUUCACAGAAGUGUGAUUGACUUGGAGUUACAUUGUGUUGUUUAAGUGUUCCCUUUAUUUUUUUGAGCAGUGUAUUUGUCGGGGACCACAGCAGCACUCAUGACCUCAUUAAGUAUGCUGAUUACAGAUCAAGAUGGAGUGUCGUUGGCGUUGCCCGCUCAGAGGUGCUAUUACCUUAGGUAAAUUGGUAUAUGUCUUGUUGCCUCUGAGCUGCCUGCUUUGAAGUGACACAAAAAUUGACCCUUUUCCCCAGAGAAGUGAGCGAGACGUCAUUUUUUAUUUCCUGCUACCACAAGCUAUCCGAUUGCGAGAGUCUAUUAUAAUGUGACAUUUAUUGUAUCAUCGCUCAUCCUGACUGGCCCUUAAUGGCCAGGUGAACCUGCACUACACUAGUGUGGUUGGUCGAUUCCUAUGGGGUUUUGAAAGACUCCACACACUCCUACAUUACAUGACAGUAAAUUACAGCAUCUCCAUUACCUUUUGUACAGAGCAAAUCAUGCAUCAGCUUUAUGUAAUCCUAGAUUUCCAGGAACAGUCAGUAGUGUUAUGAGUGCUGACUGAGAUGAUGGGAGGUAAGGAACAUAAAUGCUAUAAUAUAUAUAUAUAUAUAAUAUAUAUAUUUUUUUUUCACCUUUAUUUAACCAGGUAAACCAGUUGAGAACAAGUUCUCAUUUACAACUGCGACCUGGCCAAGAUAAAGCAAAGCAGUGCGAUAAAAAACAACAACACAGAGUUACAUAUGGGGUAAAACAAAACAAAGUCAAAAAUACAACAGAAAUACAUAUAAUAUACAGUGUGCAAAUUUAGCAAGUUAUGGAGGUAAGGCAAUAAAAUAGGCUAUAGUGCAAAAUAAUUACAAUUAGUAUUAACACUGGAAUGAUAGAUACAGGUCACAGUGGUGGGUAUUAUAUGGGGCUUUGGAGACAAAACGGAUGGCACUGUGAUAGACUACAUCCAAUUUGCUGAGUAGAGUGUUGGAGGCUAUUUUGUAAAUGACAUCGCCGAAGUCAAGGAUCGGUAGGAUAGUCAGUUUUACGAGGGCAUGUUUGGCAGCAUGAGUGAAGGAGGCUUUGUUGCGAAAUAGGAAACCGAUUCUAGAUUUAACUUUGGAUUGGAGAUUCUUAAUGUUAGUCUGGAAGGAGAGUUUACAGUCUAACCAGACACCUAGAUAUUUGUAGUUGUCCACAUACUCUAGGUUAGACCCGUCGAGAGUAGUGAUUCUAGUCGGGUGGGCGGGUGCAAGCAGCGUUCGGUUGAAGAGCAUGCAUUUAGUUUUACUAGUGUUUAAGAGCAGUUGGAGGCUACUGAAGGAGUGUUGUAUGGAAUUGAAGCUCGUUUGGAGGUUUGUUAACACAGUGUCCAAUGAAGGGCCAGAUGUAUACAAAAUGGUGUCGUCUGCGUAGAGGUGGAUCUGAGAGUCACCAGCAGCAAGAGCGACGUCAUUGAUAUACACAGAGAAAAGAGUCGGCCCAAGAAUUGAACCCUGUGGCACCCCCAUAGAGACUGCCAGAGGUCCAGACAACAGGCCCCCCGAUUUGACACAUUGAGCUCUAUCUGAGAAGUAGUUGGUGAACCAGGCGAGGCAGUCAUUAGAGAAACCAAGGCUAUUUAGUCUGCCAAUAAGAAUGCGGUGGUUGACAGAGUCGAAAGCCUUGGCCAGGUCAAUGAAAACGGCUGCACAGUACUGUCUAUUAUCGAUCGUGGUUAUAAUAUCGUUUAGGACCUUGAGCGUGGCUGAAGUGCACCCAUGACCAGCUCGGAAACCGGAUUGCAUAGCGGAGAAGGUACGGUGGGAUUCGAAAUGGUCGGUGAUCUGUUUGUUGACUUGGCUUUCAAAAACUUUUGAAAGGCAGGGCAGGAUGGAUAUGGGUCUGUAACAGUUUGGAUCUAAAGUGUCACCCCCUUUGAAGAGGGGGAUGACCGCGGCAGCUUUCCAAUCUCUGGGGAUCUCAGACGUUACGAAAGAGAGGUUGAACAGGCUAGUAAUAGGGGUUGCGACAAUUUCGGCGGCUAGUUUUAGAAAGAAAGGGUCCAGAUUGUCAAGCCCAGAUGAUUUGUAGGGGUCCAGAUUUUGCAGCUCUUUUAGAACAUCAGCUGUCUGGAUUUGUGUGAAGGAGAAGCGGGGGGGGCAUGGGCAAGUUGCAGCGGAGGGUGCAGAGCUGGUGGCCGGGGGUAGUGGUAGCCAGGUGGAAAGCAUGGCCAGCCGUAGCAAAAUGCUUGUUGAAAUUCUCGAUUAUUGUAGAUUUAUCGGUGGUGAUAGUGUUUCCUAGCCUCAGUGCAGUGGGCAGCUGGGAGGAAGUGCUCUUAUUUUCCAUGGACUUUACAGUGUCCAUGGAAAACUUUUUGGAGUUAGUGCUACAGGAUGCAAAUUUCUGUUUGAAAAAGUUAGCCUUUGCUUUCCUAACUGCUUGUGUAUAUUGGUUCCUAACUUCCCUGAAAAGUUGCAUAUCGCGGGGGCUAUUUGAUGCUAAUGCAGUACGCCACAGAAUGUUUUUGUGCUGGUCAAGGGCAGUCAAGUCUGAGGAGAACCAGGGGCUAUAUCUGUUCUUAGUUCUGUAUUUUUUGAAUGGGGCAUGUCUAUUUAAGAUUGAGAGGAAAUUACUUUUAAAGAACAACCAGGCAUCCUCUACUGACGGAAUGAGAUCUAUAUCCAUCCAGGAUACCUGGGCCAGGUCAAUUAGGAAGGCCUGCUCGCCUGAAGUGUUUUUGGGAGCGUUUGACAGUGAUGAGGGGUGGUCGUUUGACCGCGGACCCGUUACGGACGCAGGCAAUAAGGCAGUGAUCGCAGAGAUCCUGGUUGAAGACAGCGGAGGUGUAUUUAGAGGGUAAGUUAGUCAGGAUGAUAUCUAUGAGGGUACCCAUGUUUACGGAUUUAGGGUUGUACCUGGUAGGUUCGUUGAUAAUUUGUGUGAGAUUGAGGGCAUCUAGUUUAGAUUGUAGGAUGGCCGGGGUGUUAAGCAUAUCCCAGUUUAGGUCACCAAGCAGUACGAAUUCUGAGGAUAGAUGGGGGGCAAUCAAUUCACAUAUGGUGUCCAGGGCACAGCUGGGGGCUGAGGGGGGUCUGUAGCAAGCGGCAACAGUGAGAGAUUUAUUUCUGGAAAGGUGGGUUUUUAGAAGUAGAAGCUCAAACUGUUUGGGCACAGACCUGGAUAGUAUGAUGGAGCUCUGCAGGCUAUCUCUACAGUAGAUUGCAAGAUAUUUAUAUAUAUACAAGAUAAUAUAAAAUAGGUGGCUAAACGCUAUAAUAUAAAAUAGGUGGCUAAAUGCUAUAAUAUAAAAUAGGUGGCUAAAUGCUAUAAUAUAAAAUAGGUGGCUAAAUGCUAUAAUAUAAAAUAGGUGGCUAAACGCUAUAAUAUAAAAUAGGUGGCUAAAUGCUAUAAUAUAAAAUAGGUGGCUAAAUGCUAUAAUAUAAAAUAGGUGGCUAAAUGCUAUAAUAUAAAAUAGGUGGCUAAACGCUAUAAUAUAAAAUAGGUGGCUAAACGCUAUAAUAUAAAAUAGGUGGCUAAAUGCUAUAAUAUAAAAUAGGUGGCUAAACGCUAUAAUAGAAAAUAGGUGGCUAAACGCUAUAAUAGAAAAUAGGUGGCUAAAUGCUAUAAUAUAAAAUAGGUGGCUAAAUGCUAUUCACAAAAAAAAAGGCCUUCCACUGCAUCAUUAUUACAGUAUCAUAAUUAUGACAUUUUUCCAGAAGGAAGUUCAGUUGUGUCAAGUCAGAUAACAGAAAGAUGUGAAUAUAUCAACAGCAACGUUCACACGUAACGGAUACAAAUGCUAGUAUAUACAAGAUAAAACGUAAGUCACACCCGUCAAUUUUCUUUUCAAAGCCGUACUGAUGCCUAUACGAAACCUUUUUAGCAGCUCUGUUGGUUCGCGCCCUGAAGGCAGUGCUGCAUAUUGGCUGUUCGGUGGAUGUGUAAGAUGAUUUCUUUACCCCUUUUACGUGUGCGCUCUUUGUAAAUGUCUCAGAGAGCCUUUUGCUUGUACAGAUGUAUAUCAGCAAGCGAUACAGUGUCGCCUCCCUCUGAUCCCUCUCAAUAUCCUUAACCGGCUCUUUUAUUCCACACUGCCUGUCUGGGGUACAUCAGGCCACCACAAAUACUCCAUCUCUGCUACUCUGAUGUGCAUUUGUGGCCAGCCCCUGUGGCCAGCCCCUGUGGCCAGCCUCUGUGGCCAGCCCCUGUGGCCAACCCCUGUGACUCACAGCUACAAUUAAGACAGAGGAUACAGACAGUGUUCUUAUCUCUGCUGCAUGCAGCGUCGCUGUUUCUAUAUUAGUGGCGCUUAAGCUGAGUGGUGUUGAAACAGAGUGGCAGGAAAGGAGAGGAUGAGUGUGGAGUUUUUUGUGUUGAUCUAUGUGCUGGUGAGUGUGAGUGUUUUAAGGGACCGAUCACUCUAGUGUCUGACACUUCCACUUUUCCCCAUAGAAGACGACUCCUCAUCUCUGGAGGACCACAGCCCCCCCCCUGUCCAAGUUUCCCCCGCACACGGCUGCCUCGCCACCCCCAGCGCUCCCCCAGCUGGCCAAUCAGUGCCCCGCCUCCAGAACCCUCUAUCGGACCCCAGCCAACCAAGGGUCCCGCUGCAAGUGGCCCGGGAGUGUCCUCAGAGUGCCAAGCCACCCAGCGGCUCUCGGUCUGGGGUGCAUGGUGGCUCGCCGUCCGUCUGCCCUCAUAUUCAAGACAAGCAGCAGCUGGGGCCCACCGCCAGCGGAGCUGCCAAGCAGCAGAGGAUCACCCGUCGCCGGGCAACCAAUGGCUGGCUGCCCGUGGGCGUGCCCUUCGAGAAGGAGGUUUUCACUGUGGUAUGUGUUGCUGUGUGUUAAGGGAUACUGGUUGUACCUUGUAAGGUAGCUAGCUGAGGCUACAGAAUAUUAGAAUUUCCUCUGAAGGAAAACGUAAUCUGUAUGUAUGAUAAUAUUACCAUCCAUUCUUACUUCUGUGCUAACAACAAUGGUAAUAACCGGGUCCUUAGCAUGUGCUAAUAACAAUGCUAAUAGUAUGUUCCAACAACAAUGACAUAUUGACUAUGUUUCCAGGGGGAAGAGACAACAGUGUUGCGCAAAUGUUUUGAAGGAGUACAGCGGGACGGGGAGGUCAUUCGGGUUCGAGACACAGUCCUUCUGCGCUCCGGCACCAGGAAGAAGUCUCUGCCCUACGUAGCCAAAAUCUCAGCCCUGUGGAAGCACCCCGAGUCAGGUGAAGCUCUGCCUCUUUCAUGCAGAGCUAAACUGACACAGAUGGAUGAAAAACAAAACUAUAGCCAUGUUUAAAAACCGGUUCAAAUACUUGGUCGGCGCUCAAUUGAGCUUGCCUGGCACAAUGGAACCAAUGCAGUAGUAUGAAAAAGUACAAAACCUGCCAAUCUGGCAUUCCAGUCAGCAAUCAAACGCUCAAAACAGACCACUGUUUGCCACAUCAACUUUUGUAGAAUUGAUUAUGGAUGGGAUCCCUACACAUCACUUCAAAUGUUCAAUUUGAUACAACUUUAGUUAUCCUCUUCUCACUUUGAAAAUGGCACUGUCUGUGUGUCCUCAGGGGAGAUGAUGAUGAGUCUGUUUUGGUUCUACCGCCCAGAACACACACAGGGAGGACGCAAUCCCAGCACACACUGUGAGGUGAGUUCUCCGGGAAAGCCCAGUUCACACUGUGAGGUGAGUUCUCCAGAAAGCCCAGUUCACACUGUGAGGUGA